CAAAAAACACGAAACCAUGACGAAACGUGUUUUCUCCCUCGACCUCUUUACUUUCCUCCUUCUCGCCGGCCUCUUUGCUCACCUGAGUCACCUCCUGCUCGCCGACCCCGAUGACAAUCCUAACUACGGCGCUUAUCACCCCAUUCAGGACAUCCACGACCCCCAUGUGAUAGAGAUCGCGGAGUUUGCUGUCUCCGAGCUCAACAAGGAACUACGGAAGAAGCUGGUGUUUCAGAGCGUGGUUCGAGGUGAGAGUCAGGUUGUAGCGGGACAAAAUUAUAAGCUUGUCGUCGCGGUCAAGGAUGAGUCCUCCUACCCCACGUCCACUGUGAAUUAUGAGUGUGUUGUCUGGGAGAAGGUUUGGCUAAAGUUUAGGAAAUUGACCUCCUUUCAUGAGGUUAAAACCUAAAACUGGGUGACAUAUUUCACAAUUAAUUGGUAGUGGGGGUGUUAAUUUCUUUUGCUAUGAUGUUAUCCGUUUUAGCUGUAAUAAAGAAAUUGAGCCCGUUUUUUUUUUUUUAAAAAAAAAAAAAGGAAAUUGAGCCUGGAACAAUCCUGAUGCAUAUGUUAUAUAUAAUUGACGGUUAGUUUUGUCU